UUCGUCAGUUGUUUAAUUAACUUGGUGAUGAUGUUAUUUCACCUCUAAUUUAUCAUAUAUAUGUUGAGAGAGGGCUCAAACGGUGGAUCUUUACGCAACGACUUCGUCUUCGUCUUCCACAUCGCACCAAAUAGAUCUGCGAUUCGACCACAAUAUCUUUCACAAUCGAUUCGCUUUCUUGUAUUGAACCAACCAUUGAUUGAUCCAUCGAUUUUAAUCUCAUUUUCUCAAUUUCCAAAUGUCUUCAUAACAUUAAGAAUUAAUUAAAUAUCUACUACUUCACGUCCAUGAGUUUCGCGUUCGUCUGCGAUAUAUUGUAGUCACAUAUAUAUACAUAUAUCGCAGCAUAUGUAUAUAUUCGUUUGCUAGUAAGCAUUAAGAAUGGGCUCGAAGAAGAAAGCCACGUCGCAUAAAUCUCCUCGUUCUCCUUCUCAAGAUACGGAUACGUUGGUCUCAGGACUCCAUGCGAAGUAUCAAGGGGAACUAGAAAAUUUAAAAUUAACAACACAACCUCUCAGAACAUUAAAGCUUUUCAUUUUGGCUAGUAUUCAAUAUUUUAAACGAUCAGCAAAAUAUCUUUUGGCGCAUGGUGUCUGGCUUAUCCUUUUGAGUACCUGCAUGGUGAUUCUUGGAAUACUACUUGUGACCAUUGAUGGUCCUCAUGGAAAGCAUGUUGAGGAGCUUCUUCAAUAUUUACGGUUUGGGUUGUGGUGGGUGGGCCUUGGUGUUGCAUCUUCUAUUGGUCUUGGAUCUGGUUUGCACACUUUUGUUCUUUAUUUGGGUCCUCAUGUUGCCUUGUUCACUAUAAAAGCAAUGCAUUGCGGCCGAGUUGAUAUCAAAAGUGCUCCAUAUGAUACGAUACAAUUGAAAAGAAGGCCUUCAUGGCUUGAUAAGGAUUGCUCAGAAUUUGGGGCUCCAUUGUUUUCAUCGUUAGAUGGUUCACGGGUACCACUUAGCAGUAUAUUGCUACAGGUCCAGUUAGAGGCUUUUCUGUGGGGCAUUGGGACUGCGCUUGGAGAGCUUCCUCCAUAUUUCAUUUCAAGAGCAGCACUAGCGUCAGGUGGCAAAUUGGAUGCCAUGGAAGAAUUGGAUGCUUCCUCAACUGAAGAUAAUGGAGUCAUAGCUACUUGCCUGAAUCAAAUGAAGCGCUGGUUCCUAUCACACUCGCAAUGUUUGAACUUCUUUACAAUUUUACUGCUUGCUUCGGUGCCAAAUCCUUUAUUUGACCUAGCUGGCAUCAUGUGCGGACAAUUCGGAAUUCCUUUCUGGAAGUUUUUUCUUUCAACAUUGGUUGGAAAGGCAAUUAUUAAAACUCACAUACAGACGAUAUUUAUUAUUUCAAUUUGCAAUAAUCAACUUCUUGACUGGAUAGAAAAUGAGUUGAUUUGGGUGCUUAGCUUUAUACCUGGUUUUGCUGCUGCCCUGCCCAACCUCGUCGCCAAAGUGCAUGCAAUGAAAGCCAAGUAUAUGGCAACCCAUCCUCCCGUUCCCUCGGAUAUGAAGGUUAAGAGCUGGGAAUUGUCAUUUGCUUCAAUUUGGAACACAGUCGUAUGGCUCAUGCUUAUGAACUUUUUCAUUAAGAUUGUGACUGCAACUGCACAGGGGUAUCUUAAAGAGCAACAGGAAAAGGAUUUGGCUGCUCGGAGAAACAAAUUAUCAGCAUCAAGGGACUCGAAUGAGUCUGAACCUUCAUUCAUCUAGAAGAACUUGAAAAGUAACCUAUUAUGCCCUCUGUUUUUUUUCUUUUAUUCUAGCUUACAAUUAGAGAUGAUGAAAUUUGAGUGAGAAUCCCCAUUCAUGAGUCGCCAUUAAAGCCACCUGAAAACUAUCUGUUUGUCACAAGUCAACAGAAGUUGAAGGAAUGUUGGGGAAGUAUUGUCUGUGGGGGGAAAUUCAAGUGCCAUAUUUAGCUACUCUUGGGAUUUGGUGAUUAGAAACUUACCAUUCUUUGGCAAUGCAAGGCAAAUUUUUUAGCUUGUUCAUCUUUAUGCUUUGCGAUUUCAGUAUGUGUAAGUAAUAAUUGUAAUAUAUAGAGACAAACAUCUUGGGAUUGUUGUUGAGGUUUUGGAACAGAGUUUUUCAAAUCUUCAGCAUGUAAUGAAUUAAGCAGUCAAUGCAAAGCAGAUAGCCAUGUCAGAAUGCAUAUAAUUAUUAUCA